UACAGUAAAUAUAUUCUUUUUAAACAAGUAGGCCGCCUCAUUGAUAAAAAGAAAAACGAGAAUCAGGAUUCGAUCAAUUCAAGGGCUCAGAAUAGAAGCUGCUGCUGUCCACUGACAAUCAUCAAUGGAGCUGGGUCAGUUGAUGCGCAUCCUCCUUUGGAGCAAAAUGCAGGAGAAAACUACGGCAGUUAUAAAAUGGUGCGCUUUUAUCACCAAUUUUAUCAUCGGGGUGAUUGGAGCUGUCAUUUUAGCUGCCUCUUUGAGAAUUCUUUUUGACAACGAAUACAGCCAUUUAUUAUUCCAUGGAAGCGGAAAUUAUCUUGCUGGGCACGUGUUGGUGGUGACCGGAAUAUCACUGAUGAUCGUGUGUCUCAUAGGAUGCACUGGAAUAGUCAAAGGGAGUUCCUGUCUGCUCGGUUUGGGCUUCGUUUCUCUCAUUAUUUUUGUGGUGGUUGAGGUAACCUUUGGUGUAGUGGCUUACAACGAAUUGGCCGAAUUUCACGAAAAAGUCCAUCUUGGUAUAUUCUGGGCUAUUCAGCGCCAUUAUGGCAACGACAUUGCAAACACCACUGUUAUCGACCUGAUCCAGCAAGGCUGGAAAUGCUGUGGACUCAACUCUUACGCGAGUUGGUCCAACUCCUUGUACAGCAAGAGACACACACCAAAAGGAACUUGGCCCACCAACAAGUUCAUAGUGCCAAAAUCAUGUUGCAUCGAUCCGCAAUCUGAUCUAUGUGAAGUAACACAUUUGAAUGGAAUUCGCAACUUUGACACACCAGUUGAGCACGUCUUUUUCAUGGAGGGAUGCGGACCAAAAGUAAUUGACGCAAUUAACUAUUACGUCGGUUGUCUUUUCGGGUUUGGUGUGGUUGUCGUUUCACUUGCAAUGGCAGCGAUGAUCCUUUGCGGGAUUCUAAUAUGCAACUUCAUCAAAAUGGGUCACUUCAUUCGACUUAAAUCUUUAAAAUCUCCUGAAUCAACAAAUCUAAUUGCAGAUGAACAACCUUUAGGUUCUCCAAAAGAAAGUCCUAUCCCUUUACCAUCAGCGCCAGCAUAUGCUUUGUCAUCAAGAACAUCUUUACUUGUUUCUGAAAGACCGAUAUCAUCCUUAGUUUGAAUUGAAUGUCACUUAUGCGCCCAACUAGGAUUCCGAGUCAAAGAAAUCAACUAUACAUACAUUUCCACAUCCAGUGCACUUAUAGCUCUGCCUAAAGAUAUUUGAUGCCUUUUAGCGUGGCAUUGCAUCCUGUUCAAAAUCCAGUUGAGUGCGGGUUCAAUCAUUUAAUCAACGACGGACUAGUUGAUUUCCGGAUCAAAUUUCAUCCAUUCAGUUUUGAACGAGAACAGAUUGAAUUGACUUUUUAGUAAAAAUAUAGCAGUACUGGGAGCUGGCUGCAGUUCGCCUUUAUUAUCGGGUGUGUGUGACUGCGUGUUCAGUUUCAAGAGCUCUUGAUCAUAUUUUGUUUAUAUAAAUUCUCGUGAAAUUUUCAGAAUGCGUUUGCCUGUGUCUAAAAUCUGCCAAGACAUUAAUCAUUAGCAAGUGGUUAUAGAUGUUAUUCCAAUCAAAAAGUAGUAGUCGAGA